UAAAAUAACACUUGGUCGACAGCUAGCUAGCUAGCUAGACACACCCUAUAGCCGACCCUAGCUAGCUAGCUCUGCCCAGGCGCGCUCGCUUCUAGCCGGCCCUGAAACUGUUGUCGACUGGGCCUGGGAUCGAUCAGAGACUAGACCACAGCUUUUCAUUAUGAACACUGAAGAUCGAUUACUUGGUAUCCGUGUGUCAAAUAGACUCAUUGUAUCAUCACCCCACCUAUCGAACAGAGGGGGAAAUGAUACUGAAACGGAUGGGAUCGUUUUUGCCUGUCAAGAGGCUGAGAAAGAUUGUGGAAAGUGUGUUGAAAGAGGAAAUAACAGUACUAUGGUAGUUAACUCUCGUGAUGCUGAAGCACCUAAUUGCCCCCGAAGAUGGAAGCUUUAUUCUCCUGUUGGGAAAGCUGUCCAGAACCAUGACAUUGCUUCAGUAAAGCGUUUUGCUUAUGAAGAUCCGAGAUCUUUGUCACAAAGUGAUAAUUAUGGCCGAACACCCUUUCACUAUGCUUGCUGGUAUGGCUUUACCGAUAUCAUUUUUUUUCUGAGUAAGGUGCUUAGUAAUACUGAUUGCUUUGCUACAGACAAUCAAGGCUGGUCUGCACUCCAUUUUGCUUGUGAUGCUUCACUUCCUCAUACAAAAGUCGUACAACAUCUUCUUUGUAUACUGAAUGUAAACCCUCGCCAGGAAACCAAUAAAGGCUCAACUCCGGCAUCGCUAGCAACGUACAGGGGUCAUCUUCACAUUGUUAGAAUUGUAACUGAUCUCAUGUGCACACUUCGCCCUACUGACCCAAAAGAUCAGCGACCUUCUUUAGUGAUUCCAGGAGAAGGUGGAUAUGACUCACUUGAGACAAGUGAUCAUCCCAAUGGAGAUCGAAACAUGAGUAAACUUGAGAAUCGGCUCUUUACCUUCACAAUGGGUACUACUACCUGGCCAAGGGUACGCCCUACUGAGAGGCAGUUGGCAGAGCAAGGUUUUGUUUAUACUGGUCUGGAAGAAAGGGUUUUCUGUUUUUGUUGCAAAGCUGUGGUUGAUUUUUGGGAUGAUGAUGAGGAUCCUUUGCUAAAGCAUUAUCGAAAAAGUGCGAAGUGUGUGUUCUUGCGCAAUAACUAUAGUUUUGAGAUUGACCGGUUGUUGGCACAAAGCAAGAUUCAACAUGCUUGCCCUGAGUAUGCAAACAACUCUUCUCGACUACAUUCGUAUAGAACUUGGGGAUUUAGUGACAUUGUCAGCUACUUCAAGCUUGCCAGUGCUGGCUUUUUCUACACCGGAGUUGAUAUGCGCACCCAGUGUUUUUCAUGUGGCCUGUUUUAUGAUCAUUGGAGGAAGGGAGACAUUCCAAUAGAAAUCCACCGGAGAUGGAACCCAAGUUGUGAAUUUCUAAGUUCGAUUGCUACACCUGUGAUGCCACUACAAAAAGUACCCUCAUCACAUGUAUCAAUCAAGCAACCAGAUUACGAAAAUGUUGAAAACCGAAUCAAAUCAUUCAAGUUGCUCUCUAAAGAAGUCCCUGUUUCUUCAGAAGACUGUGCAAAAGCUGGCCUAUUCUUUCUUCGGAAGCCUGAUGUAAUGCAAUGUUUCAAAUGUGAUGCAAUUGUCCGUGGUUGGAUCAUUGGCGAUAUUCCAUCAGAGAAGCACAGAGCUAUCAAUCCUCGAUGCAAGUUUUUGAAAAAAAAUUUACCGACAAAGUUAGACCAUUAUUCAGUCGAUCCCGGUUCACUGCCUGAGCCAGAAUUCACAAGAGAAGACUUGGAACAAAUGUCAAGCCUACGUGUAUCUCUUCCACAGCCUCACUACCAUCCACCGACACGUUCAACAUCUAUCAUGUCCUCUCCUCAAGAGAACGAGAGUUCAAGUUAUGCUAGUAGGCGAACACUUUCUCAAUCAAGAGCUAGAAGUAAACAUGACACAUUGCCAAGUACACAGAGUGCAUCACUAGUUAUUCAGUCAACUUCAACAUUAGACCAACCUGAUCAACAAAAACAACCUGUGAGUGGAAAGCUUUCUCUACCCACAAUACCUGAUCAAGAUGACCGAAAGUGUGUAGUGUGUAUGGACAAUAAUCUAGAGGUGGUUGUGCUACCCUGUGGGCAUUUGUGUAUGUGCCAGGAAUGUGCCUCAAGUAUUCACCAAUGCCCCAUGUGCAGGGUCAGUAUUGAAAAGACAUUUAGAGUUUAUUUGCCCUAAAAUUUAACAACUACAUGUAGUUAACAACAAGUCAUUAUUGGUUCAAUGCUCUAUUAUCUCAUGUACACGUAUAAAAUUAAUUUAUAACAUUAUAAUUCUAGUGUAGUCCCUAUAAUCAUCAGAUCUUGAGUUUCACCUCCA